GUUACUGUCCCUAAUGCCUGUGCCCAAUCUCUCACUGGCAAGAGGACCAUUUCUGCGGCUGCAUGCGCAACUCAGUUCUUCUUGGUCAUUUACUGUGCAUAUGUGGAGGUGAUGUUUCUCACUAUAAUGGCCCAAGAUCGCUAUGUGGCAAUCUGCCAGCCUCUCCGCUACCCAAUUAUCAUGAACCACCAAUUCUGUGUCCAAAUGACACUGGCUUCUCUACUCAGUGGUCUUGUCUAUGCAGGUGUGCACACUGGCAACACAUUCCAGCUGCCUUUCUGUAAGUCCAAUGUGAUCCACCAGUUCUUCUGUGACAUCCCCUCACUGCUGAGGCUCUCCUGCUCUGACACCUUUAGAAAUGAACUCUUAAUUUUUGUUUCUUCCAUAGGGAUAUGUGGUAGUUGCUUUAUCUUCAUUGCUAUAUCAUAUACACGCAUAUUUUCUAUGGUGCUCAAGUUUCCAACAAGAGAGCAAGGGAAGGCCUUUUCCACCUGCAUCCCUCAUAUCCUUGUGGUGUCUGUCUUCCUCAGUUGUGGUUUCUAUGAGUACCUAAGGCCUUCAGUAAACUCUGAAACAACUCAGGACAUGAUUUUUUCUGUAUUUUAUACCAUAGUUCCUCCAUUCUUGAAUCCUAUCAUCUACAGUCUUAGAAAUAAACAGGUAAAGAAAUCUGUAAGAAAAGUCAUAUUAGGAAAGCGUUAUUCAGGAAAAUAA